AAUAGCCAGAGCAUCUGUUCCUGCAGCACCCACUGAAACUCUGAGCAUUAGGAGUUAUCACCUGAGCGAGUUCUUCUACAUCUUGCAAAAAAACACAACUGAAAAUGGACAUUCAUGAGAUCAUCCCUUUUGCUAAGGAGUUGCUGAGCUCCGGUCCCUCCAAGGGCUGCCUGAAGGUCUACCUAGUGGGCGGCACGUUCGCUGUCCUGGGAAUGGUGAGCGGUGUGGUGCAGGUCGCCGCUUCCCUCUUCCCUGACCACGAGGAGCCCGAUUUUGGGAUGCUAAAGGUGCAGGAGAUCAUAACAGAAAAAGAGCAUGUCCAGGAGCCACAAACCAUCAUCCCUGAAGAUGACGAAAUGGAUGCUGCGAUGGAGGCCAAGGCUAAGGAGAUGCCCAUGACCAGACAGAGGCGGAUGAGUUUCAGAGCUCACGCUUCAUAGGCCUAAUGCUCGUGCCUUGCCGCUGUUUAUGCCUAUGACAAAAACUGAGCCAAAAUGAAGUUCUGCUUGUGCACUGACCCGUCAUGAGGAACCGUACGGACCCAUUUAUAGUCCUGAGAGCUGCAGAGCAGCACAGAGAGGGCAACGACUUGAUAGUUUACGACUGUUACGAAUGUCUGUUUAGAUGGUGUAAUGAUUUUUUUUUAUUAGAAGAUAACUAUUUAUAAAGGAUGUAUAAAAGACAUGUGAUAGAGUGUGCUAAGUUUUAUUGCCAUAAAAUAAAUCCACAUUUGCUCAA